AUGAAUAAAGCUAUAGCAUUAGUUGCUUCUUCAUUCUUGAUUUUGUUGUUGGCUUCUCCAACUGUUUUUGCAACAGAUUAUACUGUUGGAGAUGCCUCUGGCUGGACCCUUGAAGUUGAUUACACCAAAUGGGUUGCAGGGAAAGAAUUCAAAGUUGGUGAUACUCUAAGGUCUGAUCAAGAUAUGCAUGUGUUGUUUCAUUGUCAGCAGAGUUUUCCGGAAGUGAGGAUAUACGAGUUGUUUGCGAAGUUGGAACAUGGCAUCGAUAGUUCUUGGGCAUCGGCGCCAAAUCCUCUGUCGACUAUAAUGGGGGGUGCUUCUACCUCGAUGUCUGUCAUUGCACCUGAUUGUUUGUUGGCUAAUCGUCCAUCAGGUGCAAUUGGGGUAGUUACGUCAUCCCGUCCGAUUCCAAACAUUGGAUGUGAGGGUGAACCGAAUCGGGCUAAAAUGCGAUGCGAGAGGAUGAUUCGGAUGAAGAGCCUGCUGACGUCGGUGGGGACAGUGAUAAUGAUAUUCCAACAAAUCCAGCAACACGUCAGUAAGGAGGAAGCUGUUCUGAGUGUAAAGGAUUACAGCAUUUGCCGUGGUAUUGAGUACAAGUUGAUUGAGCCGGAUCAUCUUCAGUAUCAUGAGAGGUGCAAGGAGUUCGGUAAAGGUUGCAUGUGGAUGAUUCACAUCACACUUCAGCAGCGAAAGAGUACUUGGGAGGUUCGACAGUACAACGGACCACACACUUGCUUGGCUACAUCGAUAUCAAGUGACCAUCGACAGCUUGAUUAUCAUGCCAUUUAUGCGAAGAUCUUUCCUCUGGUUCGAGCCAAUGCGGCGGUUUCGAUAAAGGUGUUGCAAGAAGCUACUGAAGCAACGUACGGGUUCAGGCCUAGUUACAGGAAGGCCUGGAUGGCUAAACAGAAGGCAGUAGCGCAGAUCUACGGAGAUUGA